GAACAGGCUUCCCCGCAGUUCAAGCGCGUCCUCGUCACAGGAGGAGCCGGCUUCCUAGGCUCCCACAUCUGCCGGCGCCUGCUGGCCGAGGGCCACGAGGUCAUGUGCAUGGACAACUACUUCACCUCCACUCGAUCAGGCAUCGCUGACCUCAUGGGCCAUCCGCGCUUUGAGUUCAUCCGCCACGAUGUGACAGAGCCUUUCUUUUGCGAAUGUGACAUGAUCUACAACAUGGCGUGCCCGGCGUCCCCAGUGCACUACCAGUGGAAUCCCAUCAAGACGACAAAGGUAUCGGUCUUGGGGACCAUCCACAUGAUGGGACUUGCCAAGCGAGUCAAGGCCCGGAUCUUGCAGGCAUCGACAAGCGAGAUCUACGGCGAUCCGGAGGUCACACCCCAGUCUGAAGACUACUGGGGCCACGUGAAUACCAUCGGCGUCCGGUCUUGCUAUGACGAGGGCAAGCGGGUGACCGAGACGUUGGCGUUUGAUUACCUGCGCAUGAACAAUGUCGACAUUCGCGUGGCAAGAAUCUUCAACACGUACGGGCCCGGCAUGCACCCAUACGACGGCC